UUUCGACACAUGAAACAUAUCGGUGGUUACAAUGGUGGUCGUGCGAUAACGUGAGGGGGCAAUCAAGAAAAUUACGGUUAAGGAUGUUAAACCACGAGGGUAUAAGGAGAAAACCCCCCCACGGGCGGGGAUCACGGAAUCGAGUUUCGAUCGACGUUUUACCUCCUACGGAGACAAAUGCAGGAGCCCGAUAUCCGCGUAGGAACGCCUAUCGAUCCUCGCCGUCGAAGGUCAUUCGUUUUCGUCCUAAAUCCAGCGAGAUUGAGGGACGCGGCUCGAUAAAUGCCGGCGCAGAAAUUGAUUUAGAAGAUUUUCACGGGCCGUUUGACCGCGCGGAAACCUGUGGACAGAGAAACGGAGAACGCGUGUUGUUGUUCGGCAGGACGUCGAUGUGUAACGGGGGCGCUCGAUCACACACAGAUGACCAAUCAGGGAGCCAACUGUUUCUCAGCCGAGUUGGGAAACCGAGGAACCGGUCGGUACGCCGGUUGUUAUCGCGUUCUCUACAUGUCGAUCGGGGAGGAAGGAUCCAAAGGCAGCGCGCGAGCGUUUCAAACAAUAGAACGCAAGACAGCUUCAUAUCCACCAUAGUAGGACGUGGUCACAGGCCUGGAAGAAACGCGAAGUGACACGUUCGACCGAUUCGAAAAUUCGGUAGCUUUCCGUUACCCCGAAGAUGAUACCGCCGUUGCGUCCCUAGGGAGCCUUUGUAGCCAGCGGCCACCGCCACCCCCGCGCGAAAGCCUCUCCUUAAGGGUCGGAUAAGAGGAAGAAACAAAUCCGCCACCUUUGGAUAUGAGAAGACGAGCGAUGGCCGCCGCGAUAACCGACCGGUAAGCUGUCUAGGAAUGUCGGCCUUCUCCGUCGUGUCGUCUCCCUUUCUAUUUUAUUCCUGUCUCUCUUCUCCUCCC